AUGGUAAGGUUGCUUCAGUGCUCUGGUAUUUUAUUCUACUAACAUAGAACUAUAAGCCCGCGCUCUUCGAUCCACCUCUUCGGAGCACGAUGUCAUCUGUAUUACUACAUUUCGAUUCAAUUCAAUUCAAUUCAACUAAAUGCCCUAAUGGUUUGACUUUUCCUUUUCCUUUUACUCCCCCUUCUCUUCCCUCCUUUUAUCCUCUUUCUUCUUUCUUUCCUUCCUUCCAACACUUUCCUUCAUUCCCUCCCUCCCUCGUUGCAAUCUUUCACCGACACCCACGUCUUCCUCUCUUCCUCGCCCUCUUUCUUUCUUCUCACAUUCAUACACCCUUAACCUUCGCAACCCUGCCUUUCCUCCUCCCCUUCGCCUUGACAGUGCCUGCAAGCAUGAGUAUGCCUACUAGCAGUAGUCAUGCCACCACCCAGGCACCAGCAGCAACAGUCACCGCCACCACAUCGACUCCAAUUGCCACCAAUGGACCAACGUCCACUGCUGCUACUGUACCCCAUAUUCGAAUCGUCCCUCACCUGGACGCACCACGGUCCCUCCACUUCGAGGUUGUCGACAAGGACGUGCCCGAGGGCUUUGUCCUCAAAAUCGGACGCUUCACAGAUAAGCAGAACCUGCCCAACAGGGUCACUUUCAAGUCCAAGGUCGUCUCGCGUGGACAUGCCGAGAUCUUUACAGAGCAUGGAAAAUUCUUCAUCCGCGAUACGAAAUCAUCCUCAGGCACAUUCUUGAACCAUGCCCGACUUUCACCCCCCGGUAUCGAGUCGAGACCCACGCUGCUCAAGGACGGCGAUGUCAUCCAACUCGGAGUUGAUUAUCAAGGAGGCACCCAGGAAAUAUACCGAUGCGUCAAGAUGAGACUGGAGCUCAACCGAUCGUGGCAGCAGCAAGCCAAUCCCUUUAGGGAGAAUACACUAAAGGCCAUCCGGUCCUUGACGACUGCCAAUGCUUCGUGCGCUACGGAUUGCUGUAUCUGUCUCUUCCGUAUUGCAUCCUUCCAAGCGCUCUUUGUCGCGCCAUGUUCACAUGUUUACCACUAUAAAUGUAUCCGGCCGAUGUUGGUCUCCAACCACCCAGGCUUUCUAUGUCCGCUUUGUCGAACAUUCGCUGAUCUGGAGGAUGUAGUCGAGAUUGACGAUCCAAUUGAAGAAGAGAUGCCUUUGCAGAGUCCUGUCGCUGCUAUCGAAAGCAGACAUAAUUCGGUUGAGCAGAUCAAUGAGAUCGAGCCGGCGGCGGUUGCGCAGCAGGUUGAGGCAGAACCAGUAAUAGCAGCGAUAGAAGAUGUGUCUGAGCCAACACCUGCUCCAGAGCAAGCACACACGUUCCAACCACCAGAAAAUCGACCGCCACCAUUACCGCUGGAUGGAACAGGAACAGGAUCCGACGAUGCUGCAGUCUUGGCUGCAACAGAAACCUCUGCACCUAGUUCACCAUCGUCGUCCUCGCGACCAGUGUCAACAGCAUCCUCAUCAGGCCAGCAAGAGCAAAGUUCAGUGUCUGCGACGGUGUGCCCUAUGAACAUUGUCAACGCCGGAUCAUCGUCAACAUCGGUCGAUUCUGCUGUGCAACAGUCACCUUCGGCAGCGUUCCUGAUGGCGCCCUCCCCACCAAUGUUUGUUACAAGCUUUGGAGUGUCCCCAAUCCCAUUCGCGGCACCGGCGUCUCCUAGAGAGUCAUCAACGUCAUCGCCUUCAUCAGCACAGGAACUGGAGGACCAACAUCAUCACUCGCAUUCGCACGUACCAUCGAGUCCGUCAAGCCAUAGUCAUAUGAGCCACAUGAUCCAAAACUUUGUGAGGAAUAUCACGAUCCCGCAUAGGAACCGGAGCAGGACGAACUCGAGCUCGGCCGCAUCCCCCGUGGUGGCGACCCACCACCAAGGAGCUUUGGUCGGUCAUACUGGAGUAGCAGCCUUGAGCCAGAAUUCAGGAGGAGGAGCGAGUACGGAGGUGUUCGGCAAGACUUUGGUGAUGACACCACCGGCGCCGAAUGUGCUGCUGACCAGCAACAACCGCGCAAGCUCAGGCCACUCGGGCAUUUCAGAACUUGGAGUCGUUUCAGAAUCGAAUAUGGAGCCUGGUUUGGUGGGCGGGGGUGUAGGCAGUAGUCAGCAGAGUAGCAGUCAGAGCUGCGAUCGGGCUCAUCGUGAGGGAUCAGCUCCGCUGCAUACUUCGCAAACGGUCGCGGCCGAGGCCUCUGUGUAAAAAGAGCAAAGUGCAACGCAGCACAGCACAGCUGAGGGACCGUAUAUAUAAUCAUGAGCGCGACGCAAUCGAGGACAUUGCAUACCAAAAAGAUGAAAGCGCAUUUGUAAGAUACACAUUGUAGGAGGGGGAAAAAAAGGAAAAUUCAAUAAAAACAAGUAAAAUAUCGAUG